AUGAGCUCCCUACUACUACCUAAGGCAUCAUCAGCAUCACUAGCACUAUCAACACCACUCAACAAGAAGGCUAAGGGUGCUUAUGAUGCCCAGAAUUCCCAGGAUAACGAGGAAUGGGUAUCUGGUUCCUCUGCUGUUAAGUGGUCUACGCUAAGGAAGAUGAAGGACCUUGGCGACCAACUACAUCUAAAGGUGAAGAAAGGCUUCCAAGAGCAGUCCAUGGAGUUGGCUACCGCCCAGCAUCAAAUACAGCUCCUCCAGGCCCAAGUCAACAAUAGCAUCACUAGGAAGAGGAAGGCUGUUCACAUCGACCCAAACACGAAGUUCGCGACCAUUAGCGACGUACGGCAGGCCCAGAUUGAGGCUGGCGAUGCCCUCGAUGAUACACAUGAAUCCAGCGCCUCUGAAUACCCUAGUGAGGCCGAAAGCUGUAUAAUAGUGGCAGCGAUACCCAGUCGAUAG